AUUAUGAUGGCGCCUGGAGUGCACUUAACUGGGCUUUGACUAGCCAAACAAAGCGGAAGGAAACCAAUGGCCAUUAAUUAUGAUUUGAAAGGCUUAUAGGCACAUACCUUGCUUUGAUUUAGAACAAAUCAAGGACCAACCAUCCUCGGACCUCGGGCUUGGAACAGUGGCGGUCUCAAGGUCAUCUGAAAUCCAGUCCAGACUGCAGUGUAUCUUGAUCCCUUGCGCGUGGAUUACAAUUGUGGUUAUUCGAUGUACGCAGAUUGUGUUGGAGCUCUGGCAAGUUUGGAACGCUUAACGAUUUUUAUUGGCCGACUAUCAUGAUGCUACGUGGCCAAAAGCGAUUACAUCAUCUAGGGCUUGCUCGUCUUCGAGUACUACUAAUCUUGCUUUUUGUAGUGCCUCGCAUAUAGAUUGAACGUAGCUGGUCUACUAGCUCGUGGCCAAUAUUGAGAACGAUUCGAAGACAAAGAACUUUCACAUUUACUCGAAAUUUAGAUGUCUGACUCAUUCGCAGACCUCUGGAGUUCAUCUGUCCCGUCCAAUCCCACAUCUCCGCAGGUACUUGGGGCUGCCAAACAACGAACAGCCGUUCCUCAACGCUCCCAGGAUACAUUCUCCCUUCUUUCCGCUUCUCAACCAACCUCACGCACGCAUUCCCCGCAGGUCGCCGGUCCUACCACUCGGUCACGAAACCCUGUGCCAGUAGGUGGAGCGAGAAACGUAGAUGCCUUCAGUAGUCUUUUUUCUGGCUCGUUAGCAGAUGGAAGAGAUAACAAUACUACCAAUAUGACCAUGGCUGAGCGCGCGGCAGCGGCCCAGAGAGCAAAGUUACAGCCAGCCCAGGCACCUCCCAGGGUUACUGCGCCCUUGCCAUCUGCUUGGGAUGGUCUUGAUUCUCUUGCGCGACAGGCAACGCCUUCACAUCCAUCACCCUCUCGUUCACCACAAGUCGACCUCGAUUUCUCUGCAUUUGCAUCUUCUUCGACCACUACCGUGAAAUCACCAGUGGGAUAUGAUGGUUGGAGUUCACAUGACUCUACAGCUCCUCAACCACAGACCGCUUCUCAAAAGAAGCCUGCGGGAACGCUCUGGGAUCUUGAUGACUUUGAUUCAUCUUCGCAUUCCAAUUCCCCGAUCCCUCCUCGCUCACGUACACCUGGUGACUUUGACUUUGGCGAUCGCGAUGAUGGCCUUUUGGAGACCCACUCCGAUGAUAGCAAUGAUGACAUCUUGGGUGACCUGGCACGACCAGUUGAUGCGGUCAAACCAUCUUCGCGCUUUCCCUGCCGAUUUUGCACUCAUCAUUCAUUGAUCGGGCAGAAUCAAUCAACUCGCACUACACCAUCGCCUCAAGCUCCACAAUUGCAGCGCGUUUCAUCAAGGCCUGUCUCACCACCUCCCCACAUCGUUGGGCAAAUUGUGGAAAUGGGAUUCUCUCCACAGCAAGCGCGUAUAGCUCUUGCAGCUACGGAUACUGGACUUGAUGUACAAGCCGCUUUAGAGACUCUGCUCGCAAAUGGUUCUUGUAAUACCUCCACCCCACCUCUCUCGUCGCAUGACGAAGUUCGACCGCCCCCGCGACGCCCACCAAAUCAGCGUAUCAACUCAAACCGAGACCGGGACAGGGAAGUUCUGCGCAGUGUCGAACCGGAAACACGUCAAUCUCCAGAUCUUAAUGUGCAAGCAGAGAAGAUCAUCGCACAAGCUAGCGAAAUCGGUAUAAGCGUUUUCAAUCGCGCAAACGCUUUCUGGAAGGAGAGCAAAGAGAAAGCACAGCGGCUAUAUGAAGAACGUGCGAAUGCAGCUCGGGCUGGGGCAGGAACCAAGCGAGGAGAUGGGAGACCGCGUUGGAUAUCAGAUGAAGUACCGGACAGAGCUGGCGUGGAGCAACAUGAUAGAAGAGUGACUGGUGGUUUCAAGGAUGACGAUCAAAUUUCUCCUCCGACUAGACAAUUACGACAACAAGAUGGGCUGACUACACAACCUCCCCCACAACCUGUCGAGUUGCCAUCGCAGUCUCAGCUGAAAGAAGUGGAUCUUUUCUCAUCAGAGGCCCCCGUUUAUCAGUCUCCCUUCCGACGUGGUCGUCCAACACCGCAGCCUCAGCCUCCUGCAGCUCCUUCGCGUCCUGCUCCUGUUCCCUCACCUCCGAAGCCACAACGCGUACUCGUCCCUGCAUCAUCUUCAGCCCUCUCAACAUCUGCUUCACACAAAGCCACGGGCACGUCUGCAUAUAAACUCGGGCAGUAUGCAAAUGCAGAAUCAGCUUACUCCCUUGCCAUCGCUGCUCUGCCAGCCUCACACAUCCUCCUCGUUCCACUGCACAACAAUCGUGCGCUCGCAAGGCUCAAGACAGGUGAGACUUGUGGUGCAAUAGAAGACUGUGCAAGCGUGAUAGAGAUAGUUGGCGAUGAUAGAGGCGUUAUCGAGGGGGUAGAUCUAGGGGAUGCCCUUGUGAAAGCUUGGCGAAGGCGUGCAGAAGCCUAUGAGGGAAGGGAGAAGUGGGAGAAUGCAAGGAAAGACUGGGAAUUGGUUGCGGGUGCUGCAUGGGCGCCAUCGAAUAUACGUGCUGAAGGCGCGCGCGGAGCUGGACGAUGCAGACGGAUGCUCAAUUCUAACGCUGACGAGAACACCCCUGUACCAAAACCCAAGCCAAAGCCAAAAGCCACAUCGAUCAAGCCCGCGCCAAGUUCCUCCAACUCUGGAGCGCUCAAGGCUUUGCGUGCUGCGACCAGUGCAGCUGAAGCCGAAGACAAUCAGCGGUACGAACUCAAGGAUUCCGUCGAUACUCGGUUGGCAGCAUGGAAAGGCGGGAAAGAAGCUAACCUCCGCGCAUUGAUUGCUAGCCUCGACUCUGUGUUGUGGCCAGAGUUAAAAUGGCAGAAAGUGGGCAUGCAUGAGCUUGUGUCGAAUGCUCAAGUAAAGUCUCGUUACACACGUGCCAUUGCACGUGUACAUCCAGACAAGUUGAACGCGCAAAAUACUACCGUUGAACAGAGGAUGAUCGCCAAUGGGGUGUUCAGUGCUUUGAAUGAGGCGUGGAAUGCAUUUCAACAGUGAUACCUAUUCAGUACAAGGAUUCGCCCUGUAAUAAUGGAAGGUAAUGUGGGACUACAUCUCACACAUGCCUUCGCUUGGUUUUAAUAUGGAUGUCGCUUGCUUCAUCAAUUCCCAUGUUUCUGCACGUGAUCACGCGACAGGCGGAGUACAGAAAACAGAAAUCCAACCAUUGAGGGGUAUAAGUACCGGUUCUCGUUUAUCAUUCCUUUUCUCUUCAGGCCGUUACGCGUAACUGAGGG